AUGACUGUGGACCAAGCAGUAUUGGCCGUGAAUGCAGCUAUUGGGCAACUGGAUAUAGCUCUAGUAAUCGCGUACUGCGAAGAAUUUGAAUUACGAGAAGCUACUAUCCCACAAGCAGUUGUAGAAAAUGUCACAAAUGGGAAUGCAGCUCAGCCCACUGUACAUCCACGACAGCACAUAUAUACAGCAUCAUUGGCCGCUUACUUGAUUUCAGAUGACCUGGCCUCUGCUAGGAUGUUGUGCAAACGAGCUACUGCCGACAUUAAGGCCUAUCCUGCUUUUGCUUCACUACACCAAGUCUUUACGAGCUUGUACAAAAAUCUACCAGCCGCUACUUAUACUCAUCUGGACGCUGCAAACUACUCGACAGAUUUGAGGCCUCUCAUAGAAGAACUGAAAAAACGUAUACGUGAACGUGUCUUCGUCUUGAUCACAAAGGCUUACACGGAUGUCCCACUAUCAACCAUUGCAAACUCUCUGGGCUUGUCCUUGGAUGAUACACGUGCUGUAUGCACUCAGGCUGGAUGGAUGAUAGAUGCCACUACCGGAAUCGCUACGAGGCCUCCUGCUCCUCCUACUUUGGCUGCAGCUGCUACAGGUGGAAUUGUAGGGGCGGAUGGAUUGAAGCGUAUGGCUACCAUCUCUGAUUACGUAGUAAACCUAGAACGUGCAUAA